AUGGUGCAAAUUCUAAAUCCCUUCUGGAUAUCUGGGUUCGCUGCUGGUGAAGGUUCAUUUACUUAUUUUACAAAAACUCGUGUGAAUUCAGCAAACAAAACUGUUAAGGAUUAUUUUCUUGUGUUUGAAGUUAGUCAAAGAACGCAAGAUUUACAUUUAUUAAAUUUAAUAGCUUCUUAUUUUAAAACAGGGAAAGUUUACACUGAAACUAGCGGAGUUAGCAGAUUUAGAUUAAGUGGUAAAGAUCAUAUUAUUAGUACCUUAGUACCUCACUUUAGAGAUUAUCCGUUACAAGGUCAUAAGAAUCUACAAUAUUUAGCAUGGUUAAAAGCAGUUCAUCUUUUAACUGACCAGGUUAAAACAAAGGAAAGAAACGAAGAAUUAGAAAUAUUAAUAAAAGAUUUAUCUAGUUUAAAAUAA